GCCGCUCAAUCUGCUGUCACCCUACCUUCAUAGAUAAUGCAAUUCGCUGUCGGCGGGCGCUGUCGAGUUUAUCGUCUCUGAAUCGGACAUUGCGCAGGUCUGCCAACUCGACGAGCGUCGCCACCCAUCGUUUCGCCGCUCCAAAUCCAACCCGCGGUCAGAACUCUUCGGGAAAGUUGUCUAUUGCCUUCGAAAAACCUUCUGGCACCAAUAUCGGAUGCAACAUGACGGAGCCCGACUCAAUUUCGGACGAUGACCGCUCGGUCGAGCUAUCGUCUAUCGCCGCUAUUUUCCCGGAAAUCAAGAUCGAUCCCAUUACGCCAUACAAGGCAUCGCUAGAUAUAGUUGUCAAACCGUCCACACCUGUACGCGUGUGCUUCCAACAGCAGCCGCACCUGGCCGAGAAUAAUUUCCCUGCUAUUUUAACUCCUCCCACGUCCGUCGAUGCUAGCGAAACCGGCUUCCCAUUCAAGAAUGAAGAGCGAAUCGCUCCACUCGAACCUGAUAAUGACUUUCACAUAUUAUCGCACUUCCCGCCUCUUUGUCUUGAGAUCGAGUUACCCGAAGGCUAUCCGGCCGACAAAGCACCGUCGUUUCAUCUUGAGACGGAUCCUGCAUGGUUACCUCCCUCGAAAUUGUCCCAACUCUUAGAUGAUGGCAAGCGUCUUUGGGAGGAAUGCGGGCGGGACCUGGUGGUGUACACCUACAUCGACCACCUUCAACAAUUAUGUGAUACAGGCUUUGGAUACAGCGAUAGUCUUAACGGCGAGAUGCUGCUCUCUCGAGAUUUGAAGAUAGCAUUGUUGGAUUUCAACAACAAAGCUGAACAGGAAAGGUUCGAUCAGGAGACCUUUGAAUGUGGUGUGUGCUUGGAGCCCAAGAAAGGUAUAAACUGCCACCGUCUUCUUCGGUGCUCGCACGUCUUUUGCAUUUCCUGUCUGCGAGACUUUUACAAUAGCUGCAUCACAGAAGGCGAUAUCGAGAGUGUGAAAUGCUUGUCUCCCGGCUGUGGUAAAGAAACCGCCAAUAAGGUCUCUGCGGAUGACGUACCGAAGAAAAGAAAGAAGGUCGACCGAACACUCAGUCCUAGUGAGUUGCUACAGAUUCCACUGGAGCAGGAGACAGUGCAGCGCUUUGUUUCGCUUAAGCGCAAGAAAAGGCUCGAAGCGGACAAGUCAACUGUUUACUGUCCCCGCGAAUGGUGCCAAGGUGCCGCUCGCUCAAAAAAGCACCCCAAACCCACGGAUCCAAUGUCCGACGAUCUCGAAGCUUCUGACGAUGAUGAAGAAGAGGGCCCUGUGUUCGAUCCCCUUGGUGAUGAGGCUCAAUUGCCACCAGUGGCCGAACGACUGGCGAUUUGCGAGGAUUGCAGCUACGCAUUCUGUUGCGUCUGCAAGAAAGGCUGGCAUGGGGAGCUCGUCCGUUGCUUCCCUCGCCGUGCAGCGGAGCUGACUGCCGAAGAAAAGGCGACGGAAGAAUAUCUGCGGCGGUAUACAUCCGCUUGUCCGACAUGCAGUGCUCCUUGCCAGAAGAAAAUGGGCUGCAAUCAUAUGAUAUGUUUCAAAUGCGACACGCACUUCUGCUAUCUCUGCUCUUGUUGGCUGUUCGAGGAGAACCCUUACCGUCAUUUCAACGACCCAGAGAGCCAAUGCUACCAGAAGCUCUGGGAUCUGGAAGGCGGCGAUGGGAUUGAUCCUGAUGGAGCUGAAGCCUUGCAUCAAUUACCCGCUCAGCUUAUAGAGAUUGACGAUGGCAGCGACGAGGAAGAUUUAGUAGCAAUGGAACUGGGUCAAAAUCCCCCUCCUCCAGCUCCAGUGCCUCCGAGAGUCAAUCACGGCGCUGGGGGUAAUGGUCAACGUGGUGACAAUGAUCCGGCGGCUCAAGCCGCAGCAGCUGAGAGACAAGCGCAAGCGCGAGCCAUGGCCGAAGUCCGGCGUCGUCCGCAGGCAGCAGCAGGUAGGGAAGGCCAACCAGCUCAGCAUGCGCGGCCCGGUCUUCAACGUUUUCUGGAACUGGUUCAGAAUGACCGAGAAGACGAAUGGGACAGUGACGAACUUGAUGAUGACUUCUAGAGACUUUUCUCGUUCUACCCCUGUGAUCAAUCGUACGCCAUGUUGUAAUACUACACGCGUGUUCGGGUCUAUGGCAUAUCUCAU